CGCGCCUGUCAAGUUCGAGCUUUGCACUGACAAGAGCCCUCCAUUGUUGCAAUGAAUGAUGCGACGACUUCCCUGCUCACAGAGCACUUCAGCUAUACCCCCUUGUCACUUAUCGAUGACAUUAUCAAUUCAAUCAACAACCUGAUCUACCAGGCCAUUUCAAGUCUGGAGUCUGGGUUGCUUGCGACACCGCCCGAGCGCUUGGGGUUCGGUCAUGCGAGUAACGGCUCGACGAUUCCCGAUACGGACGAGGACGGCAAUGUCGUUUACCCAGAGGCAAAACUGGAAAUCGAGAAUGGGCUGCAUCAGUUGGAGACGUUACUCGAAGCUAAUGUCGACAAGGCGUUCGACAAGUUUGAGAUUUACGUGCUCAGGAACAUUCUCACCGUACCGGAGGAUCUACUCUUCUGGGUGAGGCUUAAACAUUAUGAGGGUCUUUCAUUCGAGUCCUCAUCAGAUACGCCCACGCCCGAGACCAUCCACGCGCAGCGUAAGAAGCUCCUCGAGACCCGGAAGCUAAACCGGUCAUUGAAGGACGAGUGCGCUCGGAAUGAAGCCGUCAUUUCCCAACUGAAGUCUAUUCUAUCCACCGUGGAAUCUGCCAAGUCCGAUGGCACAGCCGACGAAUCGAAGACAACUCCCAAGAAAGCUCUGGACCUGUCCUUCUUGACAUCCAGUCCGGCUGCACGCCAACUUCGCGUCGGGGUAGAUGCCGGUACACAUUCCAAACACGCCCCGCUUACGACGAAUACAACUUUUAUUCUCUCGCAGCUUCCGGCAUUGCAAGCUACAUUGGAGCGGUUGCGGCCCAAGCUGGCCAGCUUGCCGGCCUCCGCUGUCGAGACGGAGACCAAGUCGAAGCGGGAUGAGCGGAAGGAGUACAUCGAGAGCCGGAUCAGACUGCACCUGGAGCGAGCCGGGCAACUGGCUAUGGGCGAUGAUGGCAACCCGGUUGUUGCGGGACGCCGAAUUGAUAUCUCCGAGGCUCAUGCUUUGGAGAACGUGGCCAACAUGCUUGCGCAAGAAGACAAAUCAUCCUAAGAUGAUACGGUGCUUUAAAGUGAAAUGGUCCUUUAUGGACUGGAACUUUUUAUUCUAUUUCGUGGAUUUAGUUCGAGCUCGAUUCUCUACGACCAAGUCACGGUCCAUGUGUCUUGGGUCUUGCGGAAGGGAACCACGUCGGUCUGAUCAGACUUCAGAAUCUCCGCGAUCUUCUCACCCUUCUUCUCAAUGGUGAUGAACUCCUUCUGCUCCUCGCCGAUCUUAUAGAAGGCCCGACCGAACUUGCUCAUGAAUCCCUCCACAAUUUCCGGGGUGAUAUCCUCAUCCUUGAGCACACCGUUCUCAAUGGCCUGCUCGAACGAAUCGAGAACGACCUGUGUCGUAUAGGGCUGGGUGAAGACACCGGCGGCAAUCUUCUCGCCACCACGCUUGGAGGCGGACGGGUGAGGGGCGCUGUCGGAGCCGAAGAAGAACUUGGGGUUGCCAGAGGCGGCCGCGCGGAGGAGAGCGUCGCGAUCGGCGGGAGUCUUGGCCACGGGCUUGCAGAAGCAGAAUGGGUCACCGGCCCACGAGUCAAUGAUGAUAGACAGAUGGUGAGCGGUGAUGGUACCGGCAACGGUAGGGCCGCACUUCUUAACAGCCUCGACGGCCGCCGCGGUGGUGCAGUGCUCCAGGAUGAUGCGGAGCUUGGGGAACUUGGCGUGCAGCUCAGCCAGUUUGGGCAGGAACCGCUCCUCCGCCGACAAGACCGUCACGUCACCCUUGGAGGGAGCCUCACCGUGGAGGUUCAGAACCAUGUCCUGGCGCUCCAUCUCAGCGAAGACCGGAUAGAAGGAAGUGUAGUCGACAACGCCGGAGCUGGAGUUGGUUGUCACACCGGCCGGGUAGCUCUUGACACCGGUGAUGCCGCGCUGCUUGGCCUCAAUGAUGGUCUCGGGCGUGAUCGAUUCGUGCAGGUAGAGGGACAUGAGGUAAUUGACCUUGGGCUCAAUGGCCUGCAGGCGCUUCUUGUAGUCGAGGGCAUGGUCGACGGUCGUGAUGGGAGGGACCAGGUUGGGCUAUAUCGGGCAAAAGUGUUAUACAGCUGCGCCAAUUCACAAUUCUCUCGC